AUGUCAAGACACUACCUCAACUUUCCCAGUCUCCCAGACAAUGCGGAGAAGGACGGAAAACUUCGAUUGAACCGACAUUCCAGCUACAUCACCAAUGACCAUGACUUUCCCGCUGCCAAGACCAUGUUGUACGCUGCCGGAGUGCCGGACGAGCAUACCAUGCAAAACAGCCCGCAGGUUGGAAUUGCUUCGGUGUGGUGGGAGGGGAAUCCGUGCAACAUGCAUUUGCUCGAGAUCGGAAAGGUGGCCAAAGAAGCCGUUAUGAAGGAGGGCUUUCUCGCCUGGCAGUACAAUACAAUUGGUGUAUCAGAUGGUAUCACCAUGGGCCACAACGGAAUGCGAUUCUCGCUACAGUCCCGCGAAAUUAUCGCCGACAGCAUCGAAACAGUCACCUGCGCCCAAAGCCAUGACGCUUGCAUCGCGAUCCCAGGUUGCGACAAGAACAUGCCUGGCUGUGUCAUGGGAAUCGCGAGGCACAAUCGCCCCUCUGUGAUAAUAUACGGUGGUACUCAGCGGGGAGGCUUCAGUAAGCUUCUGCAACGGCCGAUCGACAUUAACACUUCAUCCGAAGUCCGAGGCGCAUACAUUCUGGGCAGGAUGAACGAGUGGGCCAAGAGAUCCGACUACACGCCCGAGGAGCUCAUGUGCGAUGUCGAGAAGAACGCGGUGCCAGGACCGGGGGCCUGCGGUGGAAUGUACACUGCCAACAGUCUUGCAGUUGUCAUCGAAGUUCUUGGUCUUUCUGUCCCAGGGUCCUCCUCCUCACCGGCCAAAUCUCCGACCAAGAUGAGGGAAUGCAGCUCUAUGGGCAAGGUUAUCCGAAACUGCCUUGAGAAGAACAUCAGACCCAGCGACCUCUUGACCAGGAAGGCUUUUGAGAAUGCUCUCACCAUUAUGAUGUGUCUUGGAGGAUCCACCAAUUCAGUCCUCCAUACUAUUGCCAUGGCCAAGACGGCCAAUGUCGACCUCACGCUAGACGACUUUCAGCGGGCUUCCAACAAAACACCCUACAUCGCCAACAUGCAGCCCAGUGGACGAUACAACAUGGAGGAUCUAUACAACAUCGGAGGGAUCCCGUCAGUUGUCAAGCUGUUGAUCGCAGGAGGGCUUCUUCACGGCGACACGUUGACUGUAACAGGUCAGACGUUGGCAGAGAAUGUGGAAUCCUGGCCCUCCCUUCCUCAAGGGCAGGAGAUUAUACGAUCUCUUGAUGCUCCUAUCAAACCCACAGGCCACAUAGAGAUCUUACGGGGGAACAUUGCCCCUGGAGGAGCUGUGGCCAAGAUCACAGGGAAACAAGGCCUUCAGUUUACUGGCAAGGCGCGAGUAUUCGACGGUGAGCAGGCCUUGUGCACCGCACUUGACAAAGGGCAGGUGCCUCGUGAUGAGAACAUUGUCUUGGUCGUGCGGUAUGAAGGUCCCAAAGGCGGCCCCGGUAUGCCAGAGCAGCUAAGGGCGUCAGGGUCAUUGAUUGGCGGCAACUUUAAGAACGUUGCCCUCAUCACAGACGGGAGAUACUCCGGUGCUAGCCAUGGAUUUAUCGUAGGACAUAUCGUCCCGGAAGCAGCUGAGAGAGGACCUAUCGCCAUUGUCGAGGAUGACGAUGUAAUCUGCAUCGACGCAGUAUCUCAUCGAAUUGACAUGCCACACGUUACAGACGAGGAGGUCAAGAGGCGUCUAGAUGGUCAUGAAUUCCUAACGGUAGAAGAAAAGAGGCUGAAGGAGGAUCGCGAUCGUACCAAAUACUGGAAGAAAUGGGGGCCCUACGUUUCUGAGAGACAAUGGGCUACAGCUAGAGAAGAUUACUCCACCGACGGCAAGCCCUGGACUUACUUCACUCAUGGAGAUGCUCGCAAGCGCGCCUAUCGAUGGGGGGAAGACGGCAUUGCUGGUGUUUGCGACUCACAUGGUUGGCUCAACAUCGCAUUCAGUUUUUGGAAUGGCAAAGACGAAAUCCUGAAAGAACGACUUUUCGGAAUAUCGAGCGAGGAGGGAAAUCAUGGCCAGUCUAUCAAAGAAGCCCAUUUCCACAUAGACAAUGUCCCUACUCAUUCUUACAUGAAGUACCUCUACAAGUAUCCUCAGAAUGACUUCCCCUACCGCAAGAUCCUUGAAAAUAGUCAGCGUCCAAAGGAUCAGGGGGAGUAUUCCUUGCUCGACACCGGCGUCUUCGAAAACGAUGCCUACUGGGACAUCUUCAUCGAGGUUGCUAAAGGCGACGACGACCCUGAGGACCUUCACUUCCGUGUCUGCGCUUGGAAUCGUGGCUACGAGCGUGCACCACUCCAUAUCAUUCCCCAAGCGUGGUUCCGCAACACAUGGGCCUGGGGUCAUGAGCUUGACACCCUGGAAGAGAAACCGUCCCUCAAACUGAUCGGGCAAGAUUCGGUCCAUGUUCGUCAUAGAUCACUUGGUGAACUUUUCUUGAAUCAUGCUCCAUCCCCUGGCACCGGGGAUAGUGGAGAUGAUGUAUUGCCAAAGAUUCUGUUCACCGAGAACGAGACCAACUUGAAUGCCCUUGGACUCGGCACCAACAAAACACCCUACGUGAAGGACGGCUUUCAUAAGCAUAUUGUCAACAAGGCUGCUGAUGCUAUCAACCCAAAUCAAACAGGAACCAAGUGUGCUUCUUGGUAUGCAUUUGAUGAGGAUGGAGGUGUCCCUCCCGGCGAGUGCGCCGUUGUUCGCUUCAAACUAAUGCGCGAGGCUCUGACAUAUCUGGAUGAGGAACUGUUUGACGACGUGAUAGAGCGUCGGAGGGAAGAAGCUGAUGAGUUUUAUUAUCGCCUCAGCCCGCUACCGAUGUCUGAUGAUCUGCGAAACAUCCAGCGUCAGGCCUUCGCCGGCCUUCUGUGGUCCAAACAAUACUAUCAUUUCAACUGGGAGCAAUGGGCGAAAGGGGAUCCAACAUCGCCUCCUUUCACGCGGAAGAACGUCCACAACAAGCAGGGCAAGCAGAUUCAUUGGGACCAUGUUUUAUCAGUGAGAGACUCAUGGGAAUAUCCCUUCACAAAUCCCUGGGACUCUGCGUUUGAUGGUGUUGUCAUGGCAAUGAUGGAUCCAGACUUUGCCAGAUACCAGCUGGAUCUACUGACCAGGGAGAAUUACAUGCAGCCCAGCGGACAAAUUCCUUCGAAUGACUGCAACUUUGACGAAGUCGACCCUCCCGUGCUCGCCUGGGCCGCGUUCCGUGUCUUCAAGAUAGAACGGAAGAUGUAUGGCCGCCAGGACUUGGAGUUCCUCGAGAACGUGUUCCAGAAACUUCUUCUAAACUUCACCUGGUGGGUUAAUAGGAAGGAUACCGAAGGGAAGAAUAUCUUUGAAGGCGGCUUCCUUGGCCUAGAUAACAUCGGGCCCUUUGAUCGAUCUGCGCCUUUACCGACGGGGGGAACUGCUGUUCUUCAGCAAGCGGAUAGCACCGCGUGGAUGGCCUUCUAUUGCCUGUCGAUGCUCAACAUCGCUCUGGAGCUUGCCAAGUACCGUCGAAACUAUGAGAGGCUUGCCGCCAAGUUCUUUGAGCACUUCAUCCUCAUCAGUGACGCCAUGGGCGACCUCUGGAACACCGAAGACGGCUUCUACUACGACGCGAUUUCCUGGGGUGGUGGCAGGACUCGCCAACUGCGUGUCAGGUCGCUUGUUGGCCUUAUCCCUCUCUUGGCUACGUUGACUCUAGAGCCAGAGAUGACGAACAAAGUGCCUUGGUUCAAGAAGAGACUAGAUUGGUUUAUCGAGAACCGCUCAGAUCUGGCCGAGAGAAACAUUGCUAGUAUAAGAAAACGUGGACAAGGCAAUAGACUACUGCUAGCCCUGGCCAGCAAAGACCGACUGGAGCGCAUCCUCAAGAGACUCUUGGACGAAGAAGAGUUCUUUUCGGAUCACGGCAUCCGCUCCCUUUCGCGGUAUCACAAGGACAACCCCUACUGCGUCACCUCGAAUGGGAAGAAGUUCGAGGUCGGCUACCUGCCAGGCCAGUCUGAUGGCAACACCAACUGGCGAGGCCCGAUCUGGAUGACCAUCAACUUUCUACUGAUGGAGUCUCUGCAGCGCUUUUAUCUCUUCUACGGCCACUCGCUACAAGUUGAAUGCCCAACAGGAUCAGGAGAUUACAUGCAUCUCGGCAAAGUCACCGAGGAGCUUCAACAUCGCCUUCAGCAUUUGUUUGCAAGAUCAGACGAUGGCAGGCGCCCCAUCAACUCUGGAAACGAUACACGCGACUUUGAUCCGCACUGGAAAGACUAUAUGUCUUUCUAUGAGUUCUUCGAUGGUGAUACAGGCCAGGGACUGGGAGCUAAUCAUCACUGCGGAUCAUCGAGUCUCAUCGCCAGGAUAAUCCACGACACGGGACUCCUUUGUCGCUUGCCUCAAACUCCUCGCACAGCAAGUGUUGGCAUGGAGCUUUACUUUGACGAGGUGUUUGGGAAGCCAAGAUACCGCCACCCGCGGUCAUCGUCUACACGAGCUUUUCAAAGUGAUCAGUAUUUCACCGAAGAGAGAGAAGAUGGAGACGAAGCUAUGGAGGUUAAUAAUUCUAAGAAGGCCGAGGCCAAUGCUCUUGUGGCCAAGUAUGUGUCCGAGCAGCUCGAGAAGGUCAAGAUUGGUGACUCUCCCCUGGAUAUCAAGGACGAGAUCGAGACAUGA